CCAGACUUGUGAGAGGAGAACAGAGGGGCUAUUGGGAUACAAAUUACAGCUCUCUCAAGAUUUGCCAGACAGAUCGGUCGACUUUGAAGACGUGAUUUCUGAGGAAUAAAACAAAAGGGGAAAAAUGACAGAUGAUCAAGACCUUUCUGAGGUGGAGAUGAGUCCUGUGGGUUCCGAAGACCAUCAUUGUCUCUCACCAGGACCUUCCAUGGCAUCGGACACCAGUUCUCACCUGACCAACCCCAACAGCAGUGAGAUGGGGAAGGUGAAGAAGGAGCAGCAGGACUCAGAGGUGGAUGAUGAUAAGUUCCCAGUGUGCAUCCGGGAGGCAGUGAGCCAGGUAUUGAGCGGCUACGACUGGACCCUGGUGCCCAUGCCAGUGCGGGUCAAUGGAAGCAGCAAGAGCAAGCCCCAUGUCAAACGGCCCAUGAAUGCUUUCAUGGUGUGGGCACAGGCUGCCCGGAGGAAGCUGGCAGAUCAGUAUCCUCACCUCCACAAUGCAGAGCUCAGUAAGACGCUGGGAAAGCUCUGGAGGCUGCUGAAUGAAAGUGACAAGCGACCCUUCAUUGAAGAGGCAGAGCGACUGCGGAUGCAGCACAAGAAAGACCACCCUGAUUACAAGUACCAGCCACGUCGGCGGAAAAAUGGCAAGGCCGCCCAGGGUGAAAAUGAUGGCCAAACUGAAGGAGAAGCUGGUGGGGCUGCUGCUAUCCAGGCCCACUAUAAGAAUGCCCACAUGGACCACAGGCAUGCUGGGGAAGGGUCUCCCCUGUCUGACGGACAUCCCGAACACUCUUCAGGUCAGAGCCAUGGACCCCCUACUCCACCAACUACUCCAAAGACAGAACUGCAGUCGGGUAAGGCUGACUCCAAACGAGAAGGGCGUUCUUUGGGGGAAGGAGGAAAGCCUCACAUCGACUUUGGCAAUGUGGAUAUUGGGGAGAUCAGCCAUGAAGUGAUGUCCAACAUGGAGCCCUUUGAUGUCAACGAGUUUGACCAGUACCUGCCACCGAAUGGACACGCUGCUCACCCAGGCCAUGUUGGAGGCUAUGCUGCAGCUGCUGGUUAUGGCCUUGGCAGUGCCCUGGCUGCAGCCAGCGGACACUCUGCCUGGAUCUCCAAACAACAUGGAGUCUCCUUGUCUGCCACCACCUCAUCAGUGGUAGACUCCAAGGCCCAAGUGAAAACAGAGGGUUCUGCUCCAGGGGGCCAUUACACUGAUCAGCCCUCCACUUCCCAGAUAGCAUACACAUCCCUCAGUCUGCCCCACUAUGGCUCAGCUUUCCCUUCUAUAUCCAGACCACAGUUUGACUACCCUGACCACCAGCCCUCAGGACCCUACUAUAGCCACUCCAGUCAGGCUUCUGGCCUCUAUUCAGCCUUCUCAUAUAUGGGGCCCUCCCAACGUCCCCUGUACACUGCCAUCUCUGACCCGGCACCCUCAGUGCCACAAUCCCAUAGUCCCACACACUGGGAACAGCCUGUGUAUACGACCCUCUCAAGACCCUAGGGAAUGGGGAAUGGUGACCAAAGCAGCAGCGGAAAGGGUCCGAAGAAUCAGCCCCAGAAGAUGAGCCUCCGAGUUCCGAGGCCAUUCAGUGUAAUCCAGUCGCCAGAACCCACUGAAUAUCCGGGCGUGUCUAUCUUGACCUCAGUUAUUGAUGGCUCACCUGGCUAGAGGAAGGUCCCCCACCCACGCACCCCAAUUCUCCAAAUUCCUGAUUGGCUUCCAAGAUUCCAUAGGCCUUCUAGAUGAGGACAAUUCUAGGCAUGGAGCAACUAGUCAUGGUGGGUUUGUGUUGGGCAGACCAAGUAUUUUUUAAAAAAUUAAUAAUCUCCUCCUUUCCCUUCCUUUCCCUUAAGUUGCCCAGCCCAGACCAUCAGACUGAUGGUUUAGAAAGAAAACAAUGGCCAUAACUUUACCACUCACUGUGGGUGAAGCGUGGCUCAUCAGCCACCGUGGCGGAUAUGUUACAGGAGGAGAAGUAGGGUGGUGCAGCUGAUGCAGAUGGUGCUCUAGGGCAUUCCUGCUUCAGAGUUGCACGUGCAUGAAUCUUGUUCCCCAUUGGAAGACCAACCUGUGCUUGCUUUUCCUGUUGAUUUUUGGCGCCUGCAUUCCACCUUCCCUUAUCCAUCCCACCACUUCUCUGCUGCUUGGCUCUCUUGAGACUUUACUAGACAGUACAUUGGACUCAGGAACUACAUUAUAUGCUCUGGCCACCUUUGCAUCACAGCAUAUAAGUGCGUGUGUACUACAUGUUGGUCCCCUGGACCAUAAAAAGCAAAGGGGACGGAAUCCUACAUUGUUAUGAACAUUUUGUAUUGCUAGUUUGUUUCCAACAUUUCCUGGCUUCCUUCUAAACUCCCCCAGCUUGCUGCCUAAUACUUCAGAAGAUACCCUGCCAAAGCCAAUGCUUUUUUUUUGUCUGGCAUGCUUAUGAAAGAGCGAGAAAGUGUGAGUGUGAAUGAGAGAUAGCAUGCAUUUUUGUACGUAAGUGGGUGCGGGAAGGCAGAAGGAUUUUAGCAACCAGAGCUACCAGUGUGAUCCUCCAACUUGCUUAAGCAUGGAACAAAAAUGCCCAGAGAGCAUCCUUAUGAGUACGACUACAGUGUUAAGCAGAUGUAAACAACUUGAAACAUACUGUCACCUGAGGCUGAAAUUUCAAAUGGCACUCUCUAUGAAGUAAAAAUAUAAUGAACAAAAUAAUUGUCAUCUUGCUGCUCUCUCAACAGAACCCCAAAAUUUUCUGCCUAAAGUGGUCAGCCUCACCUUGCCAAACAGUACGGAUGCUGCCGCUGCCAUAUUCAGAAUCAUUAGUGGCUAAAUUCAACCAUUGUCACAAAAAGGAGAACAUUGUUGGAUCUGACAUAGAAUGGAAAUUUAAAAAAAAAACGGGGCCCUUUCAAAUUCAAAUAAACCAUGUUUCCUUUUGAGUUUUCAUAUUGGAGGCAACUGCUCCAGCUAAACCAAGCUUUGCUGUCCUCCCUGGUGUGAAGGUAUGGCUUGCCUAUCCCAUGGCUUCAAAGAGGCAUGUCACUUUACAGCCAGCCACUUCUUAGAAAACAAAGGGAAGAAUCACAAAGCAUCUGAGAAACAUGUGCUAUGCAAAUGCAUGACGAUGGGACCACAACAGGCCACAGUACACACUGAAGGUUGUUCUUCCCAACCCCUUUGGACUGAAAUGUCUGAGGCCAACUUGCCUAAUAUUAUGUUUAUAUAUGCUUGUCUCAGUUUUCAGCUGUGGAUGAUUCUCUCUUCUCCAUGGUGUUUGAAAAAAACAUGUAGUGUGCCUGUUUGCCUUGUAUGCAUGCAACCUAUUAACUGCUCCGCACCCUUAUUUAUGCAAGUAGCGUAUUCCCUCCUUCCUUGUCCCCAGUGCCACAAUCCUGUGUUGUCCUAGCACCAAUUAACUUUGCAUAAAAUGUAUGGAAUAAUAAACUUAAA